CUCAUUUUUCUUAAACCAUUCAUUUAUCAUCUCAAAUAAUUUAUUUAUUCUAAUUUUAAAUGUCGCAGGAUUCUUAUCAAAGAUAAGGAUACUUGUAUCGUCUGCAAAUAAUAUUGGUUUGGAUAGGUCAGAUAUAAUUUUUGGUAAGUCAUUUACAUAUAGUAAAAAGAGCACUGGGCCUAAUACAGAGCCCUGAGGCACUCCGCACUGUACUUCUUUCCAUUCAGAACAACAUUUACUCCCAUUUUCAUACAAAAUUACUCUCUGGUAUCUUCCUCUCAAAUAGGAUAUCAUAAGUUUCUGAGAAGCUCCUUCAAUUCCAUAAAAGUCCAUUUUUGAUAGCAACAUAUCAUGAUUUACUCGGUCAAAAGCCUUACUCAGAUCACAAAAAAAUCCACCCGCUAUAUAUUUGUUGUUUAAAGCCCUAUAAAUAUUCUCCAUUAGAUUAUAAGUAGCUAAUGUAGUUGAAGAGUUUUUUCUAAAGCCGAAUUGCACCUGCGUAAGCAGGUUAUGUGUUAUUUUCUAACUUUGGAGUGUAUAAUAAUUAUGAUGAGAAUCUAAAAUGUUCGUAUACAGUCUGAGCUGGUCUGCAAUCUAUUAGUCGUUUUCAAACGUUCACGCAAAAGCGCUAAUUGUCUGUGAAACAUGGCUGCUCCACGGUUACCCUUGAUAUGUUAGCUGAUAAUCUUUAAUCCGUGCUCGCCACUCUAUGUAACUAGAAUGGAUAUAAUUGGUGUUCUCCUCCACUUCCUGUUAUUUGAAUGAGCGGACUUGGCUUCAAAUAUUGGUAUCCUGCUCUAAUCAUUGUGACUUCUUAGAGCGAUAACAGAAAUAUACAGUUACGAGUACAUUGAUCGUUAUGGAUAAUUUCGAAACUCCACAAACGGUGAGACUGAGAAGUGCUUUGCAGGAUGAUAAACCAUUGAUCCCGGAGUCGCCUUUAAUGCGCACAAUUGGUUAUGGUACAGGACAAUACUUGAAGCAUGAUAAAGGGGCAAGUGUGUACAGACUGAAACAUUCCCCAAAGGUUGGUAUGUGUCGGUCCCCUUGGGCAGUCAAGAAGGUAUGUCGCCCUAACCUGGCAGCUGGCGUGCGUUUAGACAAAUAUGCACUGAGACUCAAGGAGGAGGCCGAUAUCUUGAAGAAGUUAAACCAUCCAAACAUCGUGGGCUUUCGUGCAUUUGUUAAGGGUGAAGAUGGACGAGACUGCCUUGCAAUGGAAGAGUGUGACGCUUCUGUUGGCGAUCUUAUUGGGAUUCGUUCUGAAGAUGGACUGGGCCCAUUCCCAGCUGAGAAGAUUCUGAAAGUUGCUCUGGAUAUUUCCAAGGCACUGCAUUACUUGCACACAGAGUGCCGUCUUCUGCAUGGUGAUCUCAAGUCUCUGAAUGUACUUGUAAAUGGUGAUUUUGAAGUAGCAAAACUGUGUGACUUUGGUGCUUCGGUACCGCUGAAGGCAAACGGUGAAAUGGAUACUGAUACGGAGUUGGAAUAUGUAGGAACUGCCCCCUGGUGUGCCCCAGAAGUGUUGUGUAAUGAUGGACUGACUCCUAUUACUGCCAAAACUGAUAUAUUUUCAUUUGGCCUCAUACUGUGGGAGAUGAUUACACUUAGAAUUCCACAUUUUGAUGAGUCUCUGAUAGAAGAUGCUGACGAAUCUGGGAGCAGUGCGUCUGAUGUGGGAUAUGGGACCCGACCGCUGUUACCAGAGAGUCCGCUGGGUGACGAGUAUAAACCAGUGAUACAACUCUUCAAUUCGUGCACUGAGGAAGAUUUCAACAAACGACCAAGUGCUAAGGAAAUUGUAGAACAGCUGGAAAAAUUGAAGGAGUCCCAGUGAUGGCUUGUACUUCAGUAACUCUUCUAUGACACUGCAAUGUCCUUUGUGGGAGGCUUUGAACAGUGGCGUGGCUCCAUCCUGUGAACCAGACAUGUGUUCCUGAUACAGGAUAGUCUUCAGUUAAAAAUGUGUGUGUUCUUUAGAAACUAGAGACCUCAUAAUGUAAGGUAAGGGCAAGAAGAGCUGUAGCACUGCACAGGAAGAGGACAGCAGUGGCUUGAAAAGUCAUUGCCUAGUUGAACCACAUUUAAGUAAAACUGUUUAGUCAAGCUUCUUUGGUCUCUCUCUGCCUCUACUUGGUUGCUAAGGAAACAUAACAGCACAUGCAAUGUAAAAGUGAUGAUAUCUGCUCUUUUGUUGCCUGACUGCAUUUACCAUUCACAGUGAGUAAAAUAAAAAUGUAUUCAUUAAACUGCUAUAAUAAAUUGUUGUCUGAGUACUGAA